CAUUUGCAGAUGGAUUUCAGUGGUUCAGUGUUCAGUCCGUCGUAGCACUUAGCGGAUGUAGCGGUGUUUGUUGGGAUUGGGAUUGGGAUUUAGACUUUCACAUUUAGUCUAAAAAAUGGCGGCUAGUAUCAAUGGUGUAUUCAGUGAUAAUUUACAACAUGCGAUAUUAGAAAGUAAAGUGCUCAUCGUGGGCGCUGGUGGGAUCGGAUGCGAAAUACUAAAGAAUCUUGUUAUGACUGGAUUCACCGACAUCGAAAUCAUUGAUCUAGACACGAUCGACGUAAGUAACUUAAAUAGACAGUUUUUAUUCCAAAAAAAGCACGUGGGAAAAUCAAAAGCACUUGUUGCAAAACAAACUGCACAAACAUUUAACCCUGAUGCAAAAAUAGUUCAUUAUCAUGACAGUAUUACAUCCUCUGAUUAUGGCGUUUCAUUUUUCAAAAAGUUCAAGUUGGUUAUGAAUGCUCUUGACAAUCGAGCAGCCAGAAAUCAUGUGAAUCGAAUGUGUUUAGCAGCAGAUAUACCUUUAAUUGAAUCUGGCACUGCUGGUUAUGAAGGACAAGUAGAACUUAUUAAGAAAGGAUUAAGUCAGUGUUAUGAAUGUACUCCAAAAGCUGCACAAAAAACUUAUCCCGGCUGUACAAUAAGAAAUACUCCCAGCGAGCCUAUCCACUGUAUAGUAUGGGCUAAGCACUUAUUCAAUCAAUUAUUUGGUGAAGAAGAUCCCGAUCAAGAUGUUUCUCCAGACACUGCUGAUCCAGAAGCAGCAGACACAGCAGGUGAUGGUGCUUUGAAUUCAGAAUCAAAUGAUAAAGGAAAUGUUGAUAGAAUAUCCACAAGGGCUUGGGCACAAUCAAAUAGCUACGAUCCAGAAAAGUUGUUCACAAAACUAUUCCACGAUGAUAUAAAAUACUUGCUUAGUAUGGAUAAUCUGUGGAAGAAGAGAAGACCUCCCACUCCUCUGAAUUGGAAAGAACUACCAGAUGGAGUACCAGGGUGUAGUAAAGAAGUAAAUGAACCUGGAUUGAAAGAUCAACAACGAUGGAGUAUUUCGAAAUGCGGAUCCAUAUUUUCUGAAGCAAUAAAAAAUUUGAGUAAAGCAGCUUGCAAAGAAAAUCUUGUUUGGGAUAAAGAUGAUCAAAGUUCAAUGGACUUUGUGGCAGCUUGUGCCAACAUUAGAGCUCACAUUUUUGGUAUACCUCAAAAGACCAGAUUCGAUAUAAAGUCAAUGGCAGGGAAUAUAAUUCCAGCAAUCGCAACUACAAACGCGAUAGUAGGUGGUCUUGUCGUUCUCCAUGCUUUUUGUGUUUUGGAAGAUAAAUUAAAGGCGUGUAGAUCUGUAUAUUUACGCUCAAAAAUGAAUCAUCGUAAUCAAUUGCUCGUUCCAGAAAAGAACGUAAAUCCGCCAAAUCCAAAAUGUUAUGUAUGCGCUCCAACGCCACAGGUUGUAUUAGCGGUUGAUACAUCUAAGAUGACAAUCAAAGAGUUAGAUGAAGUAAUAUUAAAGAAUAGAUUGAAUAUGGUGGCUCCAGAUGUCUGGAUAGAUGGUACCGGUACAAUUGUUAUUAGUAGCGAAGAAGGAGAAACCGAAGAAAACAAUGAUAAAAUUUUAGAACAAUUAGGAAUUAAAGACGGUACUAUUCUUAAGGUCGAUGAUUUUCAUCAAAAUUAUUCACUAACUGUAAUCGUGGUCUAUAGAGAACGACCAAAUGUAAAGAGUGACAGUCCAGAUUUCCUCAUCUUAUCAGAUGAGCAGGACUUAAAGCCUGAAAAAGAAAAUGAUUUGGCAAAACCAUCUACUUCAAAUGGCUUGGUGGUGGAUUAUCAAUCCGAUGACAAUGUAGUGAUUGUCGAAGCUGAUGUUGCAUCGGAGACCGCAAAGAAACGUAAAAUUCUAAUGCCGGAUGUUGCUUCUCCGAAGAAACGGAAAGUUGAAGCUAAUGAUGAUAAUGAUAUAUGUAUAAUUGAAAAUGAUGUGAAUAACGAUACCACUAGUGUUGUUGCGGUAUCAAAACCAAAACGUAAACUAUCGGAAGAUGAUGACUGUGUAAUUAUGCAUGACGAUAACAUGCAGCCGACUGCUACUUCGCAGUGAAUGAAUCAUCUGAAUCAUCAUGUUUUGAAUUUAAGAUAUACAAAUUGAAAAAUUGAGACACAAUAUACUAAUUUACCUAAAGCUAAAUGUAUGUUUAUACGAAAUACUGUUAUGCACAUGAAUUCCAGUAGUCGAAUUGCGUUUAAUUUUAUAAGUACGAUCCUGAAUUAAAAUAGGAAACGUAAUUGUUAGUGAUUGUCAGUCGAAGCGAUAGUGUUGUGGGAAUGAAUGUGGUGUAUACAAUAAUGAUCUAAACGCAUUAAUACGACUAUUUUGAUUGUAUUCCUUAUGAGUAUUUAUGAAAAUGCGUAAUUUUAUGUUUCUAGUAUAUCAUUUCAUGAGUGUACCAUACAUUUUUAUAUAAAAAGAAAUAAAUACUUUUUGGUACUAUAA